ACUAAACUUUACGAUACGCAGCUACUUUCCACAAACCUGUCUAUGGGGAUUUAAUCUUGAAAUUCGUGAUGGCCGUAAUCAGGCAACAAAUCUUCUUGGUGAAUUCUGUGGAGAUUACGGAACUGGAGUAGUGCGAUCCAGUGGACGAUACAUGUGGUUAAAAUUUAUCCGGACAGAUCUCUAUAACUAUAUCUCUGUAUUCUAUACCGCCAGAUCCAUCAAUGAAACAGUCAAUCCUACGAUGGACCAAGCUCCAAAGACGCAGUAUGUAUUUUUGAACAGAACCUCUAAACUGUGGUGCCCAGUGAAAGGUGCGCCGGCUCCAUACAUUGUAUGGAGAAAAGAUGGUGUCGCUGUUCAAAAUAGUACCAGCAUAACAUUUCGGCUUAAAGUAACAUCGGAAAACAACGUGAAUUACAGCUGCGAGGUAAGAGGAGAUGGAGAGGUGUCAAGAAGGAACAUCAGCCUUAGAAUUGAAGAGUGCCCACAACCUUGCGAAUGUGACGUCUUCCACCAAACUAUGGUGUUUAGUGUGAAUUGUAGUGGAAAAAGCUUUAAUUCAAUUCCAUGGAAAUUUCCGCCUGCCAUGUCAAAAUUGUACUUGAGCAACAACAAGCUGAGAGACUUGCCCCAAGGAAUCUUCAGUAAUUAUACCCAGCUGGAAUUGCUGGAAAUGAACAACAACCUGUUGAAGGAAUUACCAUCAGGCAUAUUCAGUAACAAUACCAAGCUGUCCUUCCUGUACUUGCACAACAACCAGUUGGAGGACUUGCCAAAAGACAUAUUCAGUAACAAUAUCAACCUAAUAGAGCUGUAAGUAAAAAAGUAAAGAGUAUUUUCAAUAGUUUUACUCCAGGCCU